AUGUCAAAUCUUACAAAUCUUGAAUUUGUGGGACUUGAUAUAUCUGGAAAAAAUUACCUGUCAUGGGUAUUAGAUGUUGAAAUGCAUCUAAAUGCAAAAGGUCUCGGUGAAACUAUCAAAGAAAAUAAUGAUGCCUCGAUUCAAGAUCGAGCAAAGGCAAUGAUUUUCAUUCGCCAUCACCUUGACCAAGGGUUAAAAGAUGAAUAUCUUACUGUGAAAGAACCCUCUGAACUCUGGAAAAAUUUGAAAGAAAGAUAUGACCACCAGAGGACAGUAAUUCUCCCAAAAGCCCGUUAUGACUGGCUUCACUUGCGUUUGCAAGAUUUUAAAACUAUUGGAUCAAAGUAG